CUGUAUAUAUACGUUCGUUGUCCACGUUCAUUCCGAUCACACAGACGCUUCUUUCUAUCGGUGACUCUUCGAUCUAAACGUACCGAAGCUAAAAUCAUACCCAGCUAUGGCUCCGAUCGCCGUUGGAGAUACUCUACCAGACGGAACUCUUGCUCACUUCGAUGAGCAAGAUCAACUGCAGCAACUGUCCAUCCACUCUCUUGCUGCCGGUAAAAAGGUCGUAGUCGUCGGUGUUCCCGGUGCCUUCACUCCCACUUGCAGCUUGAAGCAUGUGCCAGGGUUUAUCGAGAGAGCAGAGGAGCUGUUAUCGAAGGGAGUUGCUGAAAUUCUGGUCAUUAGCGUUAAUGACCCCUUUGUGAUGAAGGCAUGGGCCAAGACUUACCCUGAAAACAAGCAUGUGAAGUUUUUGGCCGAUGGCUCAGCAACAUACACUCAUGCUCUUGGGCUUCAGCUUGACUUGACAGAGAAGGGACUUGGCACUCGAUCAAGGAGAUUUGCUCUUUUAGUUGAUAAUCUGAAGGUGCAGGCGGCAAAUCUUGAAGAAGGUGGAGAGUUCACUGUCUCCGGUGUUGAUGAAAUCCUAAAGGUUCUCUAAGUUUGUUCAAGUAGCUAUUUCUCUAGUUGUUUGUGUGUUUAAAGCUCUUAUAUUACCUAAUGCUAUGUAAUCAAACAUUGUCAAGAAUCCAAAUAGUCAAUGUUGGUCUGAAAUAGUCUUGUUUGUGAUGUUUAUGGAAAUAAAUGAACUGUUUGUUUUUAUUGGAAGGGAGAAAAAAAAUAUGAGACCAUUAGGAGGACUUGUUCCUUUUCAAA